AACAAGCGAUGUUGGUUUGGCAACUCGAGGAGGAGCUGCGACAGCACAAGAUUCGAGGCCCCAACUUUGAGAAACAAGCCAUGUUGGUGAGGCAGCUGGAGGAGGAGCUCCGCCACCAGAAGACGCGAGGGCCCAGUUUGGAGGUGCAGUCGCAGAUGGACAACAUCAUGACGGAGAACGAUCACCUCAACCGCGAGGUCGCCAUCUUGAGGGAGACCAUCAAGGAACUGGAGCUGAGAAUAGAGACCCAAAAACAGACUUUAUCUGCGAGAGACGAAAGUAUAAAAAAGCUCUUGGAGAUGUUGCAACAGAAAGGCAUAGGUGAUAAAAAUAUAGAUGAGGAAGGGUCAGUAGAGUUGGAACAGACGCGGGCGCGCCUGGUGGAGACCCAGAAUGAGCUGGACCGCGUGAAGGACACCCUACGCCAGCGGGAAGACGAUAACCAAAAGCUGCGGCAGGAGGCUCUGGAGGCGGCGGAGCGGCUGCGGCGCGAGCACGACCAUAGCUUCGGGGGGGCCUGGGGGCUCAACGGCCCCGCUGCUGAUGCCGGCACUUCGGCCACGCUGACGGCGCUGUUGGAGACCAAGGACGCGCGCAUACUGUCCCUGGAGCGCGAGGUGGGGCUCCUGGAGGGGGAGGUGGCUAUGGCCAGGGAGGCUGCGGCAGGGGCGGCGAGCCUGGCCGGAGGGGGCCUCAUCGGGGGCGGCCUCUCAGGCUCUCGCUGGGGCUCCCGCGCCUCCCUCGUAACGCCUCCGCCCACCGAUGACUCGCGCCUCCUCCAGGUGCUGCAGGAACGGGAGCGCAAAGCCAAGACGCAACUCGAAGAGUCGCGGUUGGAGAUCCAGAAGCGGGACCAAGAGAUCCUCGCACUCUCGGCCAAGAUGAAGACCCUCGAGGAACAGCACACAGACUACCAGCGGCACAUCAUGGUCCUGAAGGAAUCUCUCUGUGCCAAGGAAGAACACUACAACAUGCUUCAGGCUGAUGUGGAGGAGUUACGGCAGCGUCUCGAGGAGAAGAACAAGACGAUAGAGAAGAAGACACAGCAGGCUCUCCAGGCCACACAGGAGAGGAACAGACUCACCUCAGAGCUCACAGAACUCCGCGACCACAUGGACAUCAAGGACAGGAAAAUCAAUGUCCUGCAGAGAAAGAUCGAGAACUUGGAGGACCUCCUGCGGGAGAAGGACAACCAGGUGGACAUGGCGAGGGCGCGACUGACGGCGGUGCAGGCCCACCACUCGACCUCGGAGGGCGCGCUCACGUCCCUGGAGGAGGCCAUCGGCGACAAGGAGAAGCAGAUCAACCAGCUCCGCGAGCAGCGGGACCGCGCCGAGCAGGAGAGACACCAGGAGCAGAGCCUGCACGAACGAGACAUUGCCGAGUACAAAAUGAAGCUCCACACCCUCGAGGGCGAGGUCGAGAAGCUGCAGGUCCGCCUCGAGCGCUCCCUGGCGGAGAAGGACAAACUGGAGGCCAAGCUGGAGUCGAGCCAGUCGGAGCUGGGGAAGGCCAAGGCGGAGCUCGAGAAGAUGCACGGCGAGGUGGGCAAGAGCACGAGCGACUACGAGUCGUACCGCCACCGCCUCACCAAGAUCGAGAUGGAGAACGACCGCCUGCGCACCGAGAACGAGCGCCUGCACCACGAGCUCGAGAGGUCUCACCCCACCUACGGCCGCCCCCCGAUGCCCAACUCGUCCACGGAGAUGGAGAGGCUGCAGGAGAAGCUCGACAAGUGUCAGGCGGACCUGCGCAGGGCCCAGGCGGAGCUGCGCAUGAACCAGUCCGACUACGAGCGCUCGCACGUGGAGGUUGAACAGCUCCAGGAGAAGGUGGAGAAGGCCCAGGGCGAGAUCUACAGGCUGAAGGCGAGGCUGGAGAACGCCCAGAGCGAGAAGGACAGCGUCCAAGAGGAGCUCGAGCGUGCCCAGGCCACCGUCGCGCGCCAGCAUAGCGAGAGGGAGCGCUGGGUCAAUGAAGUCGACAAGCUCCGCGAAGAGCUGGAGCGGUCCCAGGCGACAGUCGGGAAAGCCCAGAUCGCGCAGGAGAAGACACAGUCGUCCUUGGAUAAGGUUCAGUCCGAGCUCGACCAGCUUCAGGAGCGCUACGAGAGGCAGAGCGCCGAGGUCAGACGGGUCCAAGCAGAGCGCGAGAAGCUGGCCUACGACUACGACCAGAUCCAGAGCCAGCUGGACAAGGCCCAUGGCCAGAGCGCAAGACUGGCCAAAGAGCGCGAGGCUCUGCAGCUGGAGGCCGACCGCCUGCGGGAAAAGCACGAUAAGGUUCAGACGCAGUUGGCGCGCCUGCAGAAAGAGCGGGAGUCGGCCGCUUCCGAGGUGGAGACGCUCACCGAGAAGGUGGACUUGUUGCAGGCGCAGCUUGGCAAGGCUCAGAGGGACCGAGAGAACGCGCUCGGGGACAUGGAACUGCUCAAGGAAAAGUACGAGAAGACGUCGGCUCAGACGCAGAAACUCAUGAUGGAGCGAGAUGACCGAGCCACGGAGGUAGAUAUCCUGAAAGAAAAGCUAGAGAAGGCACAGGCGCAGGUCACCCGAGCCCAGGAUGAGAAGGAGACAGCUAACCGAGAGUUUGAAAGGGCUCUUGAGAAAUGUGACAAAUCCCAAAGCGAGAACUACCGGCUACAAACUAGACUGGAAUCCGCACAAGCAGAACAAGAACGCCUUCAGGUCGAGAUCGAGAAGACGCAGAUCCUCUUCAAUAAAAUUAAAGACGAAAAGGUUAAGCUUCAAGAAGACUACGACCGCAUUCAGGAGGCGUACGAUCGGUCAAGUCUCCAGUGCAUUCGGGCGAAGGAGGCAGAGGAGAAGCUGAAAGAGGAGAUAGAGAGAUUAAACGUGGACAUAACGAUCAUCAAGGAGCGUUAUGAUAAGACGAGUGUUGAGCUCCGACGUGUGGGAAGUGAGAAGGAGAAAUUACAAAAUGACGUCGACCAACUGACGUUCGAAUUGGAAAGAGCCCAAGCCCAGUAUGGCAAGGCUCAGAACAGCCAGGAAAAGAACCAAGAGGAAAUUGCUAGAUUGCAGAUAGAAGUAGAAAAAUAUAAAGACAAAUACGAAAGGAACACCAUGGAGCUCUCUAAAGCCAGGAGCGAAAAGGAGAAGUUGCAACAGGAGUGCGAGAACGUCCAGGCAGAGAUGGACCGCGUCUUGGUCAGGAUGGGUAAAUAUCAGGACAACACCGAGCGGACCAAAGAAGACUAUGAGAUGCUAAAGAUCGAGAUAGAAAGAGUGAAGGACAAGCUAGAGAAAACGCAGAUGGACUUGGAGCGAGAAAUUAAGCUGCGAGAGAAGUACGAGACGGAGGUGACUAAGCUGAAGACUGACAUGGACAAAGCAGACCAACAAAGAGGUAAAUAUCAGCUUGACUCAGAGAAGAACAAGCAGGACGUAGAGAAGUUCACGAGUGAAAACGAACGGUUACGGGAACGUUAUGACGUGAGCCAGGUUGAACUACAGAAAGCAAAGCUCCUGAAUGAGAAAUUGUCAGAAGAACUGGAUGGUAUGAAAUCAGAGCUCGACAGAACACAAUCCAGAGUAGGGAAGUACACAAGCAGCCAGGAGAAGUACGAAGGGGAGCUUGAACGAGCGAACAUCGAAGUGGAGAAGAUGAAAGACAAAUACGAAAGAGCCCAGAUCGAAUGUACAAAAUCACAACAGAAGGUGGAGAAACUGGAGAGUGAGAACGAGAGGCUCAAGAGCGACCUUCAGAUGAGCCAGAAUCAACUCGAGCGUUUCCUCUCGGCCCAAGACAGGAACAAGACCGAGGUUGAAAAGACCUCCAUAGAGAUAGAGAAAUUAAAAGACAAACUAGACCGUGCUCAGGCUGACUUCACUCGUGCUCAGGCUGGAAGGGAAAAGGCUGAGCUGGAAGUCCAACGGCUGACGCACGAGAUGGAGAGAUCGCAACAGCACAUGUCGAAAUACCAAGAGAGCAAUGAAUCAGCCAAAAUUGAGUUCGAGAGAAUGUCUGUUGAACUCGAGAAGUUACACGAACGAUUAGAAAAGUCUCAGACAGAACUUAGAAGAGCCAAUGACACCAAAGAAAAAUUAGAAAUGGAGAACAAAAAAUUCAAGAGAGAUCUGGACGAAGCAAAGGGCAUGGUGAAUAAGGCCUCAGACUAUCAGCAAAGGUCCAACACAGAUAUCGAGAAAUGUAAAGAAGAGAUCAUACGUUUGAACAAGGAACUCGAGAGAGCUAAAGAUGACCUCAGUAAAGUCGGAACAGAAAAGGAGAGACUGAAUACGACACAAGAGAAACGCGAGAAGAUGAUCAGCAAACUCGAGACGGACCUCAAGCAGUUACAGACUGAAAGAGACCAGCUUGUGAAACAGCUAGAGAAGUCCCAAGACAUGCUCCUGAACUUCCAACAGGAGCUGAAGCAGUCAGAAUCAGACUUACAAAAGUUUAAGGACGAGAACAAGCGAAUAAAAUCAGAGCUGAGCAACACCACGAAAGAGAUGGAACAAGGGGCCAAAGACAUGUUGGAAGGCAGAGAAAAAGAAAUCCAAAGGCUGCAAGGGCAACUUUCAGCCAAAGAAAAGGAGUUCAAUGCCUUGCGAGCCGAAGCGGAAAAGGAGGUGCAGCGGCUUCAGCAGGAGGUCCAAAAGGCUCAGCAGGUGGCACAAGCCGCUCAGAAGGAGGCAGGGUUAAUCCAGAAGGAGGCUGAGAAGGAGCUUAAGAACUUGAUCAUUCAGUUGCAAGGCAAAGAGAAGGAGCUGGGGGUCAUGCGCAGCGAGGCAGAGAAAGGAAGACUGCGGGCUGAAAAGGCAGAGCGAGAUGUUGGAGAGCUGAAAAAACAGGUAGAGGAUCAUGCUGUAAAGGGAGAGGGCGAGAGCGCCAAACUUCAGCAAACUAUCUCCUCAGAGAAACAGAGAGCAGAUCAGGCAGAACGCGCUGUGCAGGAAAUGCAGAAGCAAAUGCAGACCAUGGCUCAAGACAACCAAAAAAUAAAUCAGCAAGUGCAACAGCUGAAUCAACAAAAUCAGGACCUUAACAAACAGAUUGCAGACACGAACAAACAAAAUCAACAUUUACAGCAACAAAAUCAAACGCUACAGAAACAAGCACAACAAACACAACAACAGCUACAGGAACAGGCCCAAAAAAUACAACAUCUACUCCAACAGACACACGAACAGCAGCAGAUCAUACAAAACCAAAGCAACAACCCGAAAGACAGCCAGGAGAUUCAGAGGUUGAAGGCAGAUUUGAACAAAGCCAGUACAGAGUUGAAGAAUUCAGCUGUUGAAAAGCAAAGGCUUCAGAGUCAGCUCGAGUUGCUGGUGACAGAGCUGGAGAGAAAGCAGCUCGACUUACACGAAGCCAACCAGAAGCUUCAAAACGGUGGACGUCCCAGCGAAGAUUCUCAGAUGAUUAAGCGGCAAUUAGACGACCAGAUGAAGGCGGUGGAACAAAAGGUACGAACACUGGAACAAAGGAACAAACAGUUAGACGAAAAAGAAAAGACACUCUUAGACCUUGAUGCGCGACUGAAUAAGAAGAAGGAACAGAUAGAUAAUAUGGAACAACAACUUGCAAAGGCCCAUGCAGCGGAUGGCGCUCCACCAUCUGAAGCCAACAAGCAACUUGCAGAAAUGAGAAAGGCACUUGGCGAGAAGGAAAAAGAAAUAGACGCACUUAGUAAGGCACGAUCAAAGGCUGAGGCAGAUGUCCGUGCAGCACAGUCUGAGGCAGAGAGACUACUCCAAGUGAUGCAGAUGGGCCAGGAAGAACAGUUUGCUAAGGACAAGGCGAUCAUGGAGCUACAAGAUGCCCUGAAAGCAGCCGGUGGCAGCCAUCAUCCUGCAGGUGCUGGAGGAGGAGGUCCUAUGCCUGGUCCAGGCGGACCCCCUAAGAGGCCAGCUGCAACACCAACCACUCAGGGCACUCCAGUCAAAAUGGAUGGCAUACCAGCAGCAUUAGGCCCUCAGACUGCAGGACAGAUGGCAGCGCAGGCAGCAGAAAAGGCAACUGCAGCAACAGAAGCUGCAAAGGCUACUUUAGAACAAGCAAAGAAUGUUGCUCAGCCUUGUGAAGAUUCAUCAAGGUCAGAUCAACAGGAGAUAGACCUGCUUGAGAUGGAGGGCCGGCAGAGGGAAUACAGACUCCAGCUCGAUCAGAUGGACGUGGAUAUCAAGCUCAAAGAUUCUCUCAUCAAUAACCUGAGUGAUGAGAACAAGAGGCAGAGAGAAAGGAUCCAAGAGAUGGAGGAAGAGAUCCAUUCCCUGGAAGAGGAACUGAAGAAGAAUGAAAAGAUCGAGGAAUUGGAGCAGCUCGUUGUGGUGGUGAAGCAGAAGAAUGAGAGGAUUGAGGAACUGGAGGAGGCGCUGAGGCAGAGUGUGAGGAUUGCUACCGAUAUGGAGAUGGAGAAACGAGAUGAAGAAGACAGAAGAAAAGAGAUUACAGAAAAGUUAAGUAAGCUUGAGGUCCGAUUGGCAAGUGCCCAGAAUGCUCAAAAUCUCCGGUGUACUUCGUGCCGUCCACUGAGGCAGCGGUUAUCGCAGUUGGAGGCCAGACACAAUAACCUAGUCGGUGAACGUCGACACCACCUACAGGAAUUGUUUGAUAUGAAGCAUGAAGCUUUGACGUCUGCUCUCAGUGAGAAAGAUGCUCAUCUUGCACUCUUGGAAGUGGGAGGAGUACGAUGCUCCAGGACAGCCCAGGAGAUCGAUAGCCUCAAAAAGGAGCGCAGCAAAUUACUUGAGGCCAUUAAACAUCAAGGCGAGGACCGUGUGCGUCUCAGUCAGGAAUACGCCGCUACAGACAUCAAGUUGGACGCCACGCCCCCCGACACCCCGCCCCCCUUGCAGGAGAGCACGGAAGAGGCGCCCUCGGACGGCUCAGCGGCGCGAACGCACCUCUAAAAUGAAAGGACACUGAAAUCUUCAAUCAAAUACGCUGCUACCAUGACGUCUGCAUCAGGUUGUGCAACAUCUACGAAUGGAUGUGAAAUAACUAGGAAGUCCUCGUGAAUCUUAGGGAUUCUUUGCUAUCUCUGUAUUACAUUUUUAAGCAAUAUUCUUCUCAUUAUUAAUGCACAUGGUUAUUUGGUUUAGGCUGAAGCAGGUUGUAUGAACAAGGUUGUAGAGAGAGAGAAAGAAAAAAAGAAAUGGUUGUUAACUAAGCAUAAAACCACGUUCUCUGUCAUUAUUCAUAAUGUAUAUAGAGAGUCAUUUAUGAAACUUUAAAGAUGAGUAUCUGUAGAAAAAAAUAUCAUUUAUAUUUGCCAACAUGUCAUAAAAGAAAAAAAAUGGAUAUACAGAAGUCUCAUCAGAAUAUACUUAGAUCAGUAGGUAAUCCUGCUCCUCGUGUUCAGUAUUAGGCCAGUCACCAAGCAGGUCUGUUAACUGAUAAUAGUUUUUACUUAUUGUGUCCAUUGUGAGUGGCAGGACUUCCAGUAAAACCAUAGUGUAGCAUAUAUAUUAUAGAAAACAGACUAUUUUGCUACCUGGCUGUGUUAUGAUGUAUAUUGAAAUGACGAGGUUCUGGUUUUUAUGAGUUUACGUAUGUCUCUGUACAUGAGUUUUAAGACGUCACAUUUUGUGCUGAAAUGAGGGACGUUUUUUUCCACUUCUCCAAUAACUGUGGAAUCUCCAGACAGUGACAAGCAGAUGGCAUUGUUGUGAUGAACUGCAUACUGUGAACAAAGAUGACAAAGGAGGAAUGUGUUGGUUGUGGGAUUAUAUUUUAUGAAAGGAAUGACAUUUACUCAGUAUGACUUAACAGCAUGAGGGAAGUUUGUUGAACUGUUGCUGCACCUACAGUGAUUACUAAUAUGUUUGUAAUGAUCUUUUUUUUUUAUUUCCUCUGCUGUUUCAAAAAAGGGUGGGAAGAAUUAACACUUCUGACCUCAAUACAUAUUUGCAUUUUAUAUUAUAAGAAAAUUGCCUGACUCUGAAGUUUACUGUUGUGGAAAAGAUGCAGUUUAAGUUUGGGGCAGUCACUGUAGCCAGGCAAUUGUAACUAUUUUUCUCUUUCUUCUCCAAUGAAAAUAGUCCAUUGGGUGGAUUCAAUUCCCCUUUUAAUGACAGAGGCAGUUGUCUCCACGUGCUGGCAAGUAGUUUUCCAUGGUAGCACAUAUCAUUGAUAGACACUGAUCUUGGUAUACUCAAUGAUAUUCCAAGAUCUGGUAGACGAUCCCUCGCCCUAUGUUUUCCCCCAUGUAGUUCAUGUCUUCAGUGGGUGUUCCCUCAGCGGGGAUUUUAGGAGACUCACCUUCACAAGGUUGCUCAUAGUGAAGGCUGUCAGUCUGUGUGCACACAACACAACCAUCUGACAAGGUGGACAUAGGAAGGAAAACUGUGUACAGUCUGUAUUUUCUGUAUGUAAAUGUAUAUAAGAUAAAUCAAUCAGAAUAGGUAGUUAGCGUGUCUGUUAGUCUGUAAAUUUUAGCAUCACCAUUGCCAUCAGUGCCGUUCUGAUGAAGGGGCUGACAUGGGCUGUAACUGACGGAUGCUGUGAGAUGCACCGUACACUAGGUAAAGAUGAAAUACACCAAACACCUUGCAAGUAUGCCAGAAGCCAAUCAGAUACUCCACCUACAGAAGGGAAAUUGUGAAUCAAAGCCCUUAAUGAAGGAGCCCCUGGAGCAGGUCCUUGUGAUCCUCUUGAUUGUGUGAUUUUUUCCAGUGACGUGACACUAAUAAUUCCUAAGGAGGGUGUAAUCAAAAAGUUUCACUACAUCAGGCUUAAAUCAAUUUGCUAGAAUUUUUGCUAAGUUUUUGUACAAAUAGGUAUCAUCACACUCCAGGGGCCAAGUUGUAGGUCACGCGGGCCUAUUCCUCCUCCCACAACACAGAACUGCCGAUGGAGUUUCCCUACUCAAAUUUAGACGUUUUUUAAUGCAUGAGAAUUUAACAUUAAGCCACUGGUGCACAUCUCCUGGGAGGAUGGAUACGCCCUGAUGGAAGAUGAACACCGACAAGGUCAUCUAGUGGUUAUCAUAAUCAGGUUGUCUAGUCAAUAUCAAGUUACAAAAAAAGCAAAAAACAAAAAAAACAAAAAAAUUUGGUCUUCUUUCCUUGAAUUUUUGUGACUUAUCAACUUUUAUCAGGUUUUCGUCGCGGAUUUCAAAACGGAACAAAAGUGUUUCACGAUAAACGUUGAUAACUCUAGCCUUUUUUGGGGGGAAGACGAGAUUCAUGUCGAUUAUCUGAGGUUACAAUAAAACACUCUUAAAACUUAGAACUUCAUCCUGACAAUGAGCAACUCCGGUGAGUGUGCGAGCGUGAGUGAGGGUGAGCACACUUAACUUUCUAGGAGUGUGAUCUUUCUUUAAUAACUUUAUUAGUGCAGAACUAUUACAAUAACUUGGGCUUAAUGAUAAAGACGGGAAGGUUUAGCUAUUAUGCCACAUUUUUAAGAUAGUUUCGAUGAUUAUAUUUAGCUGAAAUGGCCAGUCAAUAACAAAACUUCUAGUCCACCCAAAUAACUUUUGUAAACUUCUGAUCCCUCUGACAGGAACCCUUUCUCUGUACUGCCAUACCAAAUAAAAGUGAAUGGGUUGCCUGUACACUAAUAAAUUUACAUGAAGAGAUGUACAAUGAUCUGUGUAAAUAUUGUAUGACUCUAUAGAGACAGGAAUAGCGGUAAAGAUGUUCUUUGACUGAACAGUCAUCUUUACUGUGCACUGGUUUUUGGCCGUCUGUGACUGACAGCUAAAGAUAUCUUUUAAUGAUUGACGUAUAUUUCAGAUUAGUUGCAGUGACUAGGAAAUUGAAUUGAGAAAUAGUUCAAUCACCUGUAUUUGUAUGUCCGAUUCACUAACAUAAUUGUUCACAUUAGAAAUGAGAUCACUUUCUCCCCUCAUUCUCACGCCCUCACACCCGCGUCUUAGACUUUUGGCCUUUCCUCUUUGUGGCUCUGCCAGUGGCAUCAAAAGCCUCUGUUAACUUCCGUAAACUCAGUCUGUGGUAUAAAGGGAGUUCUUUUCUCUAUCAUCUAGAGUGUUCAGAGUUUGUACUCGUCAUUGUCUUCUUCACUGAAGUACAGAGUGCUAGAAUUUAAGGCCGUUCAGUUUUGAGUGUUUGCUAAAACGAAGUCGAGUUUUGAACUCGGACGCCUUAGACCAAAUCUUCGGGAUGGCAACUUGUUUGCAUAUUGAUGUUUUUAAAAUAUCCCUGAAGGAAGUGCUUUUCAUUUCAUAUUAUCCGUUUAUAAGACUAAGGUGCAAAAGCCCUCAUGUUAAAAUCAGCAGAUUUGAAAUUCUUAUGUGCUGUUGUUGGCACUGCUGAGUAAUAAUCAGGAAGAGCUACACUUGAUAUAGCACACUAACACAGUCUAGUUCAGUUUGUUAGUUGGGCCUCGAAAGUCCAGCUGUGUUCACCUUCAUCUUUGUCUCUGAGGGUAUAAGUGCUUCUGUGAAAAUGGGUAUCAUACAUACAUAAUUGUUUACACACAAGCUGACACACUUCCCUGACGUUGUACAUAAUUGUCCUAUCACUUACACAUGUUAGUUCUUCAGAUUAUCACAUAGUUACCUCCAUGUGCAUACACUUCUCUCAACUUGCAUGAGGAUGCUUGUAUGCAUGGUCCUCUAAUAUACAUGCAGACUUCAUCCCCAUGUACACACUUUUCUCCAUGUGCAUACACUUCUAUAAAGUAUACAGUGCUCCAUUACUGCACGCUGCAAUGCUCGACUGAGGUGGGGCAAGACCGUGCUUAAUCUCUCCAAUAUUUCUUCCAGUCUCUCUGGUACAUCUGAUCAAUAUUUGACAUACUACUCCUUCUAACUAGUACCUCUAACUGGUGCUUCUGACUAGCACGUCUGGUACUUUCGAACUGCUGCUUCUAAGCGGUACUUGUAGCCCCUCUUCCUUAAAACUCUCGUGCCAUUCUUUCUCAGUGUCUGGUUGAAGGUGUAGAUUCUCAGUUGUGUAUAUAGUGUGUAUGUACACUGUAUAUACAUACAUAUAUAUACAUGUACUCAUGUAUUUUGGGCACAAAUGUAACAUUUAAUGUAAAGCGAACAUGUAAGGUCAACGAUUUCUGAAGUAUGAUUUGUUUGCGUGCCUGUGAUUUCUUAUGUUAGCAUAUCCCUGAUGUGUUUUUGUGCCACCACACAAGAGACGGAUAACUUGGCACCAUUUACACUCUACUGUGGCGAGGCUACGACUGGGUCCUGGCCAGGGCACUUGCUCCUACUUCUUACCUCUCCUUCCCAAAGAGGUCCUCUACAUUUAUCCUUGACAAGUUUACUCCAUUCUGCUGGUUCUUUACCCUCUGACGUGGAAACAAAGAU